GAGAAAUGGGGCCUGUCGGGGAGCCGCCCUUCGGGAGCCGGUGCCGCGCUCCACCUGCGGAGGUGAAAUCCAGAAGGGUCCGGAGGGCGGGUGAGCGCCACUGGAGCUUGGAAAGAAGCAGAGGACCAUUUCUUGUUACGUUCGAGGACUGCAUCGCAGAAGGGAGGAAACCACGUCGUGGGAAUUGUGUUACCUUAGUCAGCUUGCUGCUGAUUGGAAUUGCAGCAUGGGGCAUUGGCUUUGGCCUUAUCUCCAGCUUUCGGGUCGUCGGAGUAGCAGUUGCGGUGGGGAUAUUUCUGUUCCUGAUUGCCCUGGUGGGAUUGAUUGGAGCCAUCAAACACCAUCAAGUGUUGCUCUUCUUUUAUAUGAUUAUUCUCUUGCUGGUGUUUAUCAUUCAAUUUUCUGUCUCCUGUGCAUGUCUGACAUUGAACAAGGAACAGCAGAGCAAGCUACUCGAAGUAGGAUGGAACAACACAAACAAUGCAAAGCAGGAUAUUGAGAGGAACCUGAAUUGCUGUGGAUUCCAGAAUGUCAGUGAAGAGGAUACAUGCCUUGCUGAAUGUUCUAAUACACGGUCAUGUCAUCCUUGUGCACCAAAAAUAAAAGAAUAUUCUGGAAUGGUGUUGAGAGUUGUAGGAGGCAUUGGGCUUUUCUUUAGUUUCACAGAGAUCUUAGGGGUAUGGCUCACUUACAGAUACAGGAAUCAGAAGGACCCUCGUGCGAAUCCGAGUGCAUUUCUUUGACCUGGAAACAUUCUCUAAGGACUGAAUAUUUGAUUUUCUGUGUUUUUAAAAAUGAAUUGUCCACUGAUCAGCUGCUUUCUACAUUACCCGAGAGUUAAUGCACUUGAGAAAAGAUGACACACUUACAGUUGCCUCUUCUCUGUGUUGCUGUUGUUUUUCUCCAUAGAUCAAUGGGAUGUGGAAUGUUUUGGCCCAUGAUAUAACUGAACAGAAACUGAAUCCCAUAGGAACGAAGAUAGUUCUACUGAGCUAUUGCAGUCUUGCAUAGUUAUUUUGAUGUUCUGUUCAUUAGUUGCCUUUGAUUUGAAAGCCAAAAAAUGUAUUUCACCUGCAUACAUCUUUGACUCCUUCGCAUUCCUUUCUUGAAAGAACAGUUGGUUGCCUGGAAUGCCUGAUGUAGAAUAUUUCAGUGUAUUGUGCUGCUGCUUCACACUUUUGUAUUUGUAAGGAUGUAAAAAGGACCUAGGAUUUACUGGAGAGAUAGAAACUCAUUUUCCAUCUCUUCUUCUCUUUUCCUUCCUUGUAUUUUCUGGAAACCAGAAGAUGUUGAAAUCUUACAUGGUUGGUAUUGUCCUUCCGUUUCAAAAUUUGCCAUGUUAACCUAGCAAUCCCAUUCUCGAGCCCAGUUGGCAUUUUAGUGCAUGAAUGGCUUGUGUGUAAGCUUUCUCUUUUAACUUCAGCCUUGUUCACACAUGAAUGUAUAGGAUUGGGAUGGCUAGGUAUUCACCAGGACUGUGAAAGGUCCCAGAAGAUUUACUGUUGACUUUAGAAUGAAGAUUAUAGCUGUGCAUGAAGAAUAGUAGCAAGUCAUGAGGGUCAUGAAUUUUUCACUGUAUGCCUAAAUAAUAAAUUCAUCUUGUUGUAAUGAAUGGUGUAAUUUUAAAACUGGCAGAAGAAAACUGUUUAGUUAGUGGUCACAGUAAGAAAAUGCUCUUGAGACCUUGAGAUCGUUUUUCUCGAAUAGUUUAAAUUUAAAUCAUGUAGUAAGUUAACUGUCAUACUGAUACUGGUCUCUAGAUUUAACUAAUUAUGUUCUUUGGUUUAAAAUAUUUGAUUAUAAUUGUGAACUAGAACAGUAUAAAUUAGAUUUUUGUGGUGCUUUGCUAGUUUAUUUAAAAAAAUAAAACUU